GAAUUUUCAUUCAUUGAUCAACUUUACUCAUUAUAGUAAACAUCUGAUUUUUUAAGGUUUUGUUUUUAUUUUUCUAAUUUAAUAUUGUUAAUUUAUAAAUCGUUGAUUAAAUGGUCAUGAAUCCGCCGCUUCCAACAAAGAAAAUUAAAACCGCCAAUGGGAGAAUUGUUCCAAUUAUCAGGCAACCAGUGACAGUAAUCAAAUCUCAGCCGGGAAGUAAAUCAAAGCAAGACUUGAAACAUGGUCCAUCCAUUAAACCGCAACAAAUUUUCUGGCAAAAACGUUUGGAAGGGUUAAGAGCGACUAAUCUCAAUUCUGAGUUUGUCGAGAGUUUUGAUUUACCCAAAAAUAUGAAACCAGUUGGACCCAAUGUUGGUUCUGACACCGCCUUAAGAAGUGUUAUCACUGCUCUUUAUCUUAAACAAGGACCAAUUAUUGGUCAAACUGCAGGUCGAAAUAUUUUGGAAAAAAAUCCUGGAGUAUUUUUGGAUCCAAAGCAGCCACUGGUCGGUACCGUGAUUAUCUCUGAUGAAGAUAUUAGGAGACAAGAAGAGAGAGUCAACUUAUUAAGAAGAAAAUUAGCUAUUGCUAUCAAUGAAUCUGAGAAAAGAUAAAGACACGAAAGAAUAAGAAUCACAAACUGCCCAACUUUAAAUAGUCCAAAAUCUUUGCUAAGGCUGAUAUUUUGUAUUUUAUACUGCAAACAAUUAGGAUAACCAAAACUCGAACCAUUAUUUAUAUACUCAAUUUGGAUUAUUACCAUGAAAUAUUUAAUUUUUUUCCAAAUAUGACGACAAUCAACAUGAUAAACAAAAAAUAAAACCAAAGGUCGAAUUUUGGAUUAAUCAUAA